CACGGGGGGCGUGGCCGGAUGGGGGGAGGGGCGCGGCGUGGCGGCCCACCCCCCCGCCAUGAGCUCCAAGGCCAAGCGGGUGCUGCCCACGCGCCCCGAGCCGCCCACCAUCGAGCAGGUGCUGGCCGACGUGGGGGGCACGCGCCCGGCCGACCCCGUCCUCCUGCUGCCCGCGGAGCCCCCCCGGGCCACCGGCGACCACGACGGCCCCACGCCAGGGCAGGAGGCCGCGGCGGAGGAGCGGGAGCGCCUGUACCGGCAGAGCCGCGGCUACGUGGAGAUGAACCGGCGGCUGCGGGAGGCCCGCGGGCAGCUGGCGGAGAAGUGCGAGGAGCUGCGGCGGGCGGGUGCGGCGCUGGAGCGGGACAUGGCCGAGACGAGGCAGAAAGCCUUCUGAGGCCGCCCGGGGAGGAGGAGGCGAGUCUGAGCAUCCCGGGGGUGUUCGCCGGCCCCCCCCGGGACGCCCCCGAGCGCUUUGGGGUGCCCCCACGGCACCGGCGGCGCUUGGUUCCGGGAGGACUCGGCGCCUGACCUUUCCCCGGGGAGCGGCCGGCGGCACCGUGGGCUCCGAGCCCGGCGGGGGGAGCCAGCCCACGGCCCCCCCUGAGCAUGUCGGCACGCUGCGGCUUCACCUACGACUUCUCCAUCUGGUACUGCCCCACGGACGACCGCGUCGCCUCCAGCAUCGCGGAGUACCUGAGGGCGCAGGGCUUCCAGGGCUACGCCGAGCACCAGGACCGCGUGGCCGGGACGUGCGCCGUGCAGAGCGCCGCCGAGGCCAUCUGCGCCAGCCGCGUGGCCAUCCUCCUCCUCUCCGCCGAGGCCCUGGGGGACCCGUGGUGCCAGCGCGUUUCCGAGUGGAGCCUGCAGCACGGCAUCCAGCGCAGCGGCACCAGGGUGAUCCCGGUGUGCGUGGGGGUGAGGAGGGACGAGGUCCCCCUCUUCCUGCAGCACCUCAACCAGCUCGAGUACCACACCGAGUUCUUCUUCGAGAGGCUGCUGAGGAGCCUGGCCCGAGCUGGGGCUGCCCCGAAGGCCACGAGCUGAGGGGGGAGCCGGGGGCUGCGGGUCGGGGUCCGGCUGUGCACCCUUGGGGUGGUUUUAGGCUGCAAGUAAGGGUGGGUGCGGUGGUGGGAGCGGGGUGCCGCGCUGCGCCGGGUGCGCCUGGGGCUGCGGUGAUCACAAAUCGGGAAAAAUUCUCAUUAAAAGCCCUUCUG